UGCGACAAAUAUCUCAGCUCGUCGCCGGCUUGCUCCUCGGCAUCGCACUGUGCAACCGUCCACCGCAUCGUCUUCGGCGCAUCACUAAUGGAGGCCAAACCCGAUCCUACUGUGGUGCUGUACGCCGCUUUGGGCGUAGGCCACCUAACUCCCAUGGUGGAGCUCGCCAAGCUCUUCCUCCGCCGUGGCGUCCCCGUCGUCAUCGCCGUACCGACCGCGCCGGCCUCCGCGCCCGCUUUACUCGCCGCCACAGCCUCCGACAGCGCCAGAAUCGCCGCCGCCAACCCUUCCAUCGCCUUCCACCACCUCCUGCCGCCCGACUACCCCAGCCCGGACCCGAGCCCCUUCCUGCAGAUGCUCGACGUGCUCCGCCUAACCGUGCCGCUCCUCCUCGCCUUCCUCCGCUCCCUCCCCUCCGUCGCCGCGCUCGUCCUCGACCUCUUCUGCAUCGACUCCCUCGACGCCGCCGCCGAGGCCGGCGUCCCGGCGUACAUCUACUACACCUCCUCCGCCGGCGACCUCGCGGCGUUCCUCCACCUGCCCCACCACUUCGCCGCCACCACGGAGGGGAACUUCAAGGACAUGGGCAAGGCGCUCCUCCGCUUCCCCGGCGUCCCGCCCAUCCCGCCGUCCGACAUGCCGCACACCGUCCAGGACCGCGCGACCCGGAUGUGCGCCGCGCUGAUCGGGCACUACCGGCGCAUCCCUGAAGCGCGGGGCGUGCUAGUCAACACCUACGAGUGGCUGGAGGCGAGGGCCGUGAGCGCGCUCCGGGAGGGCCUGUGCGUCCCCGACCGCCCGACCCCGCCGGUGCGCUGCAUCGGGCCGAUGAUCGUGCAAGGCGCGGCGGGCGGAGGCGAGCGGCACGCGUGCCUGUCGUGGCUGGACGCGCAGCCGAAGCAUAGCGUGGUGUUCAUCUGCUUCGGCAGCGUCGGCGCCGUGUCGGCAGCGGAGCUGAAGGAGAUCGCGCGCGGGUUGGAGAACUCCGGCCACCGCUUCCUGUGGGUCGUGCGGACACCGCCCGUUGACCCGGCCAAGUUCUUCAUGCCGCGUCCGCCGCCUGACCUGGACGCGCUCCUCCCCGAGGGAUUCUUGCAGAGGACGCGCGACAGGGGCAUGGUGCUGAAGAUGUGGGCGCCGCAGGUGGAGGUGCUGCGGCACGCCGCCACCGGAGCGUUCAUGACGCACUGCGGCUGGAACUCCGUCCUGGAGGCGGCAUCGGCCGGGGUGCCGAUGCUGUGCUGGCCGCAGUACGCGGAGCAGAGGCUGAACAAGGUGUUCGUGGUGGACGAGAUGAAGGUUGGGGUGGUAAUGGAGGGGUACAACGAGGAGCUGGUGAAGGCCGAGGAGGUGGAGAAGAAUGUGAGGCUGGUGCUGGAGCAGGAGGAGGGCGAGAAGCUCAGGGAAAGGCUGGCAAUGGCGAAGGAGAAGGCUGCAGAAGCAAUGGCAGACAACGGGUCGUCGCAGACAUCAUUCGCCGAGUUUUUGGAGGAUCUGAAGCUUACUGAGUGACCAAGGACAGAAGGUAGCAACAAGAUGAGUCUUAGAAAGUGUGAUUUUGAAGAUUUGCAUAAAUUUCCUCUCUAAACUUUGAAGUAUGAACAAUCCGUUGUGAUGUUACUGGUUUAGAGGAUGUGGAGUAGCUGCAGAUUAGCUGCUUCACGAAUUAUACUCGGAAUGAUUUGGCAUAGCUGGACAAGUUUUGAGCAAAGCUGUGAAAACUGCAAACAUUUCUCAGUUAUGCUGUAUCACAAUUUGCAAUGCA